AUGAUGCCGGCAAUACUACUUCUGAUAACGGAUCUCGUGACUUUGGCUCUUCAGAUCACUUGCGCAACUAUCAACGGCCUGGUCAUUGCCUUAUUUUUCUGGUGAGUUAAUAGAUACACAUUCAUUAGAAAAAAAUUUAUAUUGAUUUACUAAGAAAUAUAGUCUGUGUGCCAAGACUUGAAAAUUCACCGAACGACGUUCCGCUUUUCCGCUGCGUGCGUUCGCGAAGCAUCUUUCGAAUCUAGGUCACGUUUUCAAUUGAUUUUUAUUGCUGUGGGAGCACAUGAAAGUAGAGCACCUUAACAAAAAAAAAAAUUGAAAGCGCGACCAGGUUUCGCAAAGGCGCACAGCAGAAUGUCGUUCGGUGAAAUUUCAAGUCGUGGCACACAGACUAUACUCCACUCAAGAGGUUCCUCAAGGGCUGCUUGGAGAGGAAUCUAAAGUGGCCGCUAAAACCUACAUCUCGUCUUAGUGGCCACUAUAGUAGUUUUAAUGGUCUAGUAGUGCCACUUACCACUGUAGACUCCUAAAGAGGUCACUAAUUUUUUGCCACUCAAGUGGGCACUAACUCAACCCAUGUAGAGGCCACUAAACUGUCAAAACCCUAAAAAGGCCACUUAACAUUUUCUUAGUAUUUUUUUCCAGGAAACGGUCACUUCGGGUAAAAACCAAUCAGAGAUUGAUCCUCUACUUGGCCAUCACCGAUUUCAUCCUUGCCAUCACGAGUGAGCCCUUUCUUCCAUUUUGAAACAUGAAUUCCUCAAUUAAUUUUUUUUUAUCGACUCAUAUUCAGGCUUACCUUACGUUUUCUAUCUACUUUCCGGCUGGGAUUGGUAUGAAAUGGACUACGAGCCAUUGGCCAUUCUCAUCUUGUCGACUCCUUUGCCGGCGCAGCUGAAAAUCAACUUGACAUUGACGUCAGCCAUCGCUUUUGAUCGGAACUUGGUGAGCUUUUCUUUUCAAAAUACGAGGUUUUGUUUCCCCCGCUGAUAUGAUAUUUUUUGUACAGGGAAUUGGAAGAUAAUCGUUUUCUCAUUCAUAUUUUCAACUCAACGACUAGAGUAGCCCUUGAAACGGUGUAAAAAUAUUUUGAGCUGUUCAUAAAAUUUACGGACACAAAAAAUCAUGUCAAACUCUAGACUUUUCCUUUCAGACAUGUACAUAAUCGAACUAGUUAAUCUAACAAAUUUUUUUUAUUUUCUCAAGUUUCUCAGGAUCCCAAUUUAUAAAGUUGUUAAUAUCGAUUUUCAAGUUUUGAACUUCCUAGAAAUUUUAGGACUGUGUGAUAAACUUUUCGAAGCUUUUCCUGGAUAUCCAUGAAAGGUUAUGAGCUUUUUCUGAUAAUCUGGAAACUCUCAAGUUAUCUUAUUGUAUAGUUGAGAAGCAUUCGCGCCAGUUGAUAACGUUUUUUUAAUCUUUCUGCAAGCUACAGAACCCUUCGCUUCGAUGCGCGCGACCUGCCUGUGUGCAUGCGCCUUUAAUUCAGCCUUAAAUUUCCGAUAGAUUAAAGGCGCAUGCCUAGAGGCAGGCCAUGCGCAUCGAAGGGAAGCUUUUCGGGAGGAUUCUGUAGCUAUAUAGUCAAGGAAAAUCAUGAAGAGCUGACGCGGAAUGGGCUUUAACUAUAUUUAAAUUUUCUUGUUUUCUAAUCAUCCUCGAUAGCCUUCAGAUUGUUCAGAAGUUCUGCUAGUCCUUCUUUGAGUUUUUUGAAGUAAUAGAUUUUUUUACAAUUUAAAAUUGCGUACAUUUCCAGGCCCUUUACCGACCUGUUUGGUAUCGUAAGCGAGUGGGGAACUGUUUCGCGAACGCGGCUCUUUUUUUCGGCGUCGCACUCGCCGCCACGGACAUCACUUUCGGAUUCGCGAUGUCGUCGCGGGCGAGAGUCGCCAAUUGCGCCGCUGUCGGCUGCUUUCUCGGCCAAACGUUUCGCACUUUUGGAGCAUCUCCAACAUGGUUCGUUUUUUUGUGAGCUAUAAUUUUUCGGUGACUUGGCUCGGGCAAAGUCGGAAUGGCGGAUAUAGUAUAUUCAGAUUUCGAAUGUUAAGUAGAAUGACGUCAUUCGAAAACGCUCUGUGAAUGGCUCGCUCUCUGAUUGGUUUAUCGCGCCAUUAGGGGGAGGAGCUUCAGCGAGGACUUGACCUUUGAAAUCUGAACAAACUAUAAUGGCCACUAAAUGGGAGAGGAUCAAAAAAGACCGCAGAAAGGCAGCAAAAAGGAAGCAAAAAAGGAUCCUUUUUCACCCAUAAAGGAACAUUUCUGUGAGCCUUUUUCCACCCUUUCCGACUUCGCCUAUGAGAAAAAAAAAAUUGAAUCUUCUUCUCUUAUGACUUUUAACUUUUGAAAGUAGUCAGUUUCUGGUAUCCCUUCCAUUAUCAACAAAAAUUUCUAAACAUUUUUUUGCAGUUAUUGGGCCUAGUCGUGGUCCUCCUUACUUUCGCUAUCUUAUAUCAACUUCGAUCGUUGAACGUUAAAAAAAGCACGCCGUCUUAUCAGCCGACCGACCGCCCUAGGUACUAUAAUCAGGUUAGAACUUGAAAAUCUUCAUGAGAAUAGUCAAAAUUAGAAAACGACUUUUUUUGAAUAAAAAAAGUGAAAUUGGAUUGAAGAAACGAAUGGAGUUCCACAACGUUUCAAAACUUCACAAAAAAAAUUUUAGACAAACUUCUAAAAUUUCCUAAAGCGUUCAAACGUUAUGCCGAAAUGCAUUUCUAAACAAUUUCUGUAAUUAUAAAGGUUGAUCUAACCAAUCCCUAAAGUAACCACUUCAAAAAUUUACUUUACUUCCUUCUAAGCCUAAAAUCGGCCAGAGGUUCCCUUCAAAACGAACCCUUCUCAAAAAAAAAAAGAUUUUUUCUUAAAAACCCUCAAGUGAUCACUUAAGGCCAACCGGAUAACAGUGGCGAUUCUGACAAGCUGCCUGGUGUGCAUAACGUUCCCAAGCUUCAUCAUCGGAGCUUUUGAUCUAGCCGGUCUUGGAACACCCUUUCCAAUCCAUUGGUCCCUUUUACUUAACUUGCCUUGUUCUGAACGGUAAGCCCUGCCCAAAUCUCUUCUGAUGACAUUUUCAGGCGUCUGCAACAGCAUCAUCUACGUCGUGGUCAACGAGGAGGUUCGGAAGGCGGCGAGAGAAGUGUUCUCGAAAGUUUUGCCGCCAGGAAUCGAACCCUACACCAUUAAUCGUUCAAAUAUCUCCACACUUCAAUGA